AAGCCAAAAUUCCUUCAGAAUUCGGCAAAAAGGUUCUCAGAAAACCUCCCUAGAUGCUCCAUUUUCUCCGCUUUCUGCCUCCGCGUCUCUCUCCGUCUCUUGAUCCAGCUUUUACUUGAAAGUGCAGCAGAGGAGGAGAAAGAGGGGAAAAAGCUGACUUUUUUAUGAUUCCUUUCAGUUCUUUCUGCUCUCUUCUUUGCGGCGCUCGUGCGUUGGAUUGAUUAGGGAGAGGGUGGGCGGAAGUUAUGUUUAGGCUACAUAAGCACAGGUCGGAGAGGUUGGGGGAGCGGGUGGAGUUCAAGUUCUCUAAUUUUCAGGCCUUUAAGGUUCCAAAAGGAUGGGAUAAGCUUUAUGUUUCUGUUGUCUCGGUUGAAACGGGAAAGACAAUUGCAAAAUCAAACAAGGCGACUGUACAUAGCGGAACGUGUCAAUGGACGGAAAGUUUAUCAGAAUUUAUUCCUUUUUCUCAAGAUGGCGGAUUAAAAAACCGCGGCGAAUAUUUUUUCAAAUUCAUUAUUUCCAUGGGAUCGGUUAAACCGGGUGUUUUAGGAGAGAUUGUUUUGAAUCUAGCAGAUCAUAUAGAUUCAACCGACUCUAGUCCUCUCAUGUUGCCGUUAAAUAAAUGCGGUUAUGGUACAAUUUUACAGGUGAAGAUUCAAUGCUUUAACCCAAAGACGAGAUUGAGGGAUGGUAAUGCUUUGGCCACUAACUCUCGACUUCAAAGCCCGACUGGUAGCAGUCGGGACAUGGAUAAUCAAUCGGAUUCGUCUAACACGACAAUUUAUGGAAGUGUGGUAUCAUUUUCGAGUAAUCUGAUGCCGAGUGCCGCCGUUCCGAGCGGAGCCGUGAAUCAGGACGCGGCUUCCUUAGCAUCAGUUUCACAUUCUAGUUCCGACUCAAUGGAGAACUCUGCCGGAAGAACGAAUUUUUCUCCUAAAAGCAGCGUCAACGGUGGCUCGCAUAUCGUACGACAAGAUUCUGCUGAUUCUCAUGCCAGCGCAACCUCUAGCGCUGGUCCGGUCGACGAUCUUAAUCGAUCAAAUCCAUCAUCCUUUAAUUCCAGAGCUUCAGGAUCUUCCAUUCCGCCUCAAUGGCCGGAGCCUACCUCGCAGACCGCUCCGCACGGCCAUUCCGGCUUGCAGCUCAGGACGUCAGGCUCCACCAAAGAACUCCUCGAAGCUGCAGAAGAAACUAUCGACGAGCUCCGAGACGAGGCUAGGAUGUGGGAACGGCAUGCACAGAAGUUGAAAAUUGAACUCGAAAAACUGAAAAGAGACUGCUCAUUCAAAUCGAAACAGCAGGCAGAGGCCGAUAUGGAGCUUUCUGCCGCCAACAACGAGCGUGAUUCUUUAAAGAGCGAAGUUGAUCAACUGAGAUUGUCCGUGACGGAAUUGAAGCGAAUUCUGGGGGACAAAGAAAACUGUAAUACUGAAAAUAUGAUGCGCGCGCAAAGGCAACUGGAAGACGAGUUGAUGUUCUUGAGAGAAUCCAAUGGUACCCUAACCAUGCAGCUGAAUAAAUCUCAAGAAGCGAAUGUAGAACUUGUUUCCAUACUUGAAGAACUGGAAGAAACAGUAGAGAAACAGAGAUUGGAGUUAGCAAACCUUUCCCAAAUUAGUUCUAUAUCUGAAAAUGGAGCAGAAACAGGAAAUCAGACAGUAAUGGAUGCUGAGGUGGAAGAAAGCCCACAAAAAGAGCAAAAUGAUGCUCCAAAUUCCAUGGAGAUGGUGUUGAAUCAAUUAAACUCAGAUUUAAUUCAAGAAAUUGAAGUUUUAAAAGCUAAAUUGGAGGAGCUGGAGAGGGACUGUACUGAACUUACAGAAGAAAAUCUGGAGCUCAUUUAUAAGCUCAAGGAAUUAGAAAAGAAUGUCAAAGAGGUAAAGGAGUCUGGAUCUAACAUUAACCAACUUCAAUAUCAAAUAAGCUUUCCUGAAGAACAGCUUCAUAGGAAGGAUUUGAAUGGAAUCAUUAUUACAGAAUCCACAUUGGAGAUGGAUGAUUUGAAGAAAAAAUGUGCUGAACUUGAGAUCGAACUCCAGAAUUUUAAGAAAAAUUCGAUCAUUACAACAGAUUUUCGUACCAUAGAUGAUGAUGCUUUCAAAGAACAUCAAAAAAAUGAUUUGGUAGAAGAGUUGAAAUUGAGAAACGCAAAGCUCGAGGCUGAGUUCUUACUGAAAGAGAAGGAAAUUGAUACUUUAGAAACUUCCAUGAAGGAAUUAGAAGAUGUCAUUUCCAGAAUCAAAAGAGAAAAGAUUGAGGUGGAGGAAACUUUAGCUGUUGCACAAAGGGAAAACAUAAUUUCUUCCAAAUGUUUGGAUGAUGUGAGAAAUGAGAUGAUAAUUCUAAGUGGCAAUAUGGAUACUCAUUUGUCUGUCAAAAAGAUGUUUGAGAGGAAAUCAUCAGAACUUGAAAUAAGAAACCAAGAACAGGAUUUACUCGUAUCACAGUUGGAGGCAGAUAAUUUACAGUUAUCUGAACGAAUAUCUGGCUUGGAAGCUAAGCUAAGGUACAUGAGAGAUGAGAAAGAAACCAGAAGGUUGGAAAUUGAAGAUUAUAUGUCUCAAAUAGUGGAUCUUAAGGAUGAAAUAGCACAGGAGCGAGCGGAGAUGGAAAUUUUGAAAGUUGAACAUAAAAAAAUGCUCCAAGAUGCUCAGAAAAGAUUAGUUGAAGCUCAAGAGGAAUCAGAAGUCCUGAAGAGAUCUCAUUCAAAACUAGAAUCUACAGUUGAGAGCCUUACAGAAGAGUGCAGUUUAUUAAAGAAGCAAUCUGAGGAUUUACGGAGGCAAAAAAUGGAAAUGCAUGAACAAAUUUGUCGUCUUGAGGUUGUGUUAAGGGAUUUAAGAGAGCAGAUUUCUGGAAAUCUGAACAAAGUUGUGGUUUUGGAAGAAAAACUUUCUUUGCUACAUAGUGAUUUUACUUUGAAGCAGGAGAGUCUAGUUUCACAGCUGGAGAGCAUGCUUCAAGAGAGUAAGGAUCAAGAGCAAAAAAUAAAUAAGGCAAAUGUUAUGCUAAAACAGAUAAAUUAUGAACAGAUGGUGGAAGUUGAGAACCUCAAACAAGAAAUUUGUCACCUUUCUACACAGGUUUGCUCAUCCCAGGAUGAAAGAGAAAAAUUAUCAGCAGAUGCUGUUAGAGAAGUUUCGAUCCUUCGCUCGAACAAAAAUAAACUCGAGAACGAUCUCCAUGAAGUUCAAUCCAAAGUCACGUUGUACGAAACUGAGCUUCAUAAUCUCACACGAGAGUCUAACGACAAGAUUGUGGAGCUCGUAAACUCGCUAAAUGCAUCAAAACUUAAUGAGGAAAUGUUGAUGAAUGAUGUUGAACGUAUGCAAAGAAUGGCAGAAUCUUUUAAAUCUAGUGAAGAAACAUUCAAAAGAAUGGUGAAUGAACUCGAAUUAGAGCUAAAAGCUUCUGAUUAUGAAAAACAGCAAAUAAAUGAGGUUGUUUCUGGCUUAAAACUUCAACAUCAGAAGGUAACACAAUUUCAAAAUGAAAUUUUGAAUCUUAAAAGUUCUCUUGAGGAGGAAAAGUGUGAAAGAGAGAAACUGGAAGGCCUUUUGCACUCGGUAUCUGAAGAAUGUGAAGAAUUGAAGGCAGAGAAAAUAUCAUUUUCAGAAAAGAUUUCAGUUCUGCAGAAAGCUUUACUAGCUCAGAGAGAAGAGGAAAGGCUAGAGGAGAAAGUAUCAAUCAAGGUCGAAAAUGAACCGAAUGGAAACAUGGAGAGGCCUCAAGCGCAAACCAAAGCCGCACUCGAGUCUAAGAUCCAGUCUUUGCAAACUGAGCUCGCCGAGGCUCUGGAGGCAAAUAACAGUUAUCAGAUGCAAAUUAACGGAUUACUGUCUGAGAAACGAAGUAAUAGAAAAGAAGAAAAUUGCAAUUACAGUGAUGAUGGGGGGAUUGCUGCAAAAGCUGAUCAGUCCAACAAAAUAUCAUCUUUAGAAACUGAGCUGAAGGAGAUGAGAGAGCGCUACCUCCACAUGAGCCUGCAAUAUGCUGAAGUUGAAGCCCAGAGGGAAGAGUUGGUCAUGCAGCUUAAAUCAGUAAAGAAAGAGAAGAAAUGGUUCUCAUGAGAACUGCACCAGUCCUCCUGUUUUUUAUUUUAUUUUUUUUGGAAUAUUACGUACGCCCAACUCAAUUCUUAUGUAUUUACAUAU